CUUCAUACUCUGCACGUUUUUACACUUGUUUCCCAUUUUACCUCUUUAGAUUAUGAACAUGGAGGUCGGGAGUAUCCCCGUUGAUGUAGUGGUCACCGUACUCACCCAGCAGACACAUGGCGAGGGACUGAAGUGGGACGUGUGCAAUGUCUCCAUGGUGAGAGCGCUGUUGAUGUACUGUACGUGUUGUUACAUGUGUAAUGAUGGAAUUGUUUAUUAAAGAGGCUUUAUGUAUUGUGUUAGGACUCACGCACGAACUGUGAUACAGUGAAGCACAGCAUGAACCCUCAACAAAAGGUACGAUGUCUUAAUCUUCAGUCAAUUCACUAAAGCAGGAAUUGUACAGCGUAAAAUGAGAAUUGAACCAUAUGGGCUAAGAUAAAUAAAUUGAAAAAAAUAACGGACUGUAGAAUUUUCUCACUUUGGUUCUUUUGACCGAAAUUGUUACAUUUAAAGGUCACUCCUCCACAUUUCCUGAUUUAGAGCAUAUAGCUGAUUAUGUUUACUUAAAGUAUGAUAUCAUAAAAUGAGCUCAUAUAGUGAUGUCAUCUGCAGGAGUUCUUAUGGGCUGUACAAAGCCUGAAUGAGACCUUCAUACAUGUGAUAGGGGAACUGAGACCCACUAAGGCCUGGCAGGUAAUUAUUGCACACUGUAUUCUACACAACCUAAAGAUAUGUAAUAUUCCAUGUUACCUGGAAUACAAGAAAAUGGCUUGUUACCCUCCCCUGAUGAAGCCGUUAUACGAUUGGGAUAGAAUAGAGGUGAAUGGUUCGUUAUCUCUCCUAUGUUAAAAUGGUAAUACGAUGGGCAUAGAAUAGAGGUGAAUGGCUCGUUAUCUCUGGUAAUAGGAAUGCGAUGGGGUUAGAAUAAAGGCCAAUGUUUCGUUGUCUCUCCGGUGAUAAUAAAGUAAUACGAUGGGAUGGAAUAGAAGUGAAUGGCUUGUUAUCUCUCCUAUGUUAAAAUGGUAAUACGAUAGGGAUAGAAUAGAGGUGUGUUACGACACGUACCGUCGGGUAGAUGAAGCCGCCGUUUAGGCAAUAAUCCCCUCCUCCAGAAAUGCAGGUUUAAAUCUAGCCGAUCGCCAAACUCCCGAACGAAGUCCGCGAACACGGCAACUCCCGAUCAGCCAAACAGUCGAACGCCUUCCACAGCUAGAAAUAACGAAACCGCUGUCCCAAUAAUAAUUCCCCCCACAAACGAGACCAAGCUCCGUCUUGAGGGUCAAAUGAAGAUCUGUUUAAUGGGGGCUACCGGCCCGGUAUUUAUGCAGGUCUCCACAAGGUGGACACUCCCCGAGGGGACCUUGUGGAAGACUGUAACACAUAUUGUACAGUAGCCAAUCGCAGUGGCUUCAAUAGUAGCCCUUCCCAUCUUGCCCAUAAUUCCGUCUUCUUUACCUUGGAGAUAAUUGGGGAAGAAACCUAAUUAUCUCCCAAGGUAGAGACCAUCGCCAUCUUAAUUUACAGUAACAAAAAGACAUUAAAAUACAUAACUACAGAAAUACCGAAUGCAUAUGGUUCGUGUAAUGUAUCCCCAGACAGCCUGGAUCUGAGGGCAUGUUUUCACCGAAUAGCGCUCAGAUCCGAUGUAUCUAGUCGAAUCGCCAUGGAGUCAAAGUCUUUCACCAGUCCUUCGGUAUACGAAUGACUCCAUGGGAUGGCUGUCGGGGUAAAAGUCCAUACGACUGAAUAAAACUCCCGAACGACCGACGUUCGCAUGCUUGUCGAAAAGGAAGGUAGGCAGCAGCUUUUCAGCGGUGUUCGGUAGUUUAAGUGUCCGUUUUUAGUUCCAUACAGUUUGUACCGAACACCGCUCUGUGUUCGUAUGUCCCAAAAUGGCCGCUGCCUCGUGGUCGACAUGCGAACGACGACCACCCGUACGAAUGGAAUGGAGAGGUGUCUGCGGUUAACCACAACGUUCUAAUUGGGGCCAAGAUGUUAACCAGCAGCACACUCCUCUCCUGGGUGGCCGUUCGUUCGGUAGUUUCAAUCGGCAUUUUGCAAAUACACGAACGGGGGUAUAGGAACAGGCAAUUCCGCGAACAAAGGGAAACAGACGAACCAACAAUGCAGAUGAAUCUGUCACACGGCUCCCCCCUUGUGGGACACUCCGGCAGACCCGGCUUGACCCUUUAGCGGGUCAACGUGGGGAUGACCGGACUAAGAUGGGGUGAGGAUGUCGGUUUGCCUGGACAAUCCAUCUGCGUUCCCAUUCUGCUUACCGGGUCGAUAAGUGAUGGUGAAGUUAUAUGGCUGUAGUGCUAAACUCCACCUCAGCAGUCUGCCAUUGUCUCCAGAGACCCGGUUAAGCCAGACAAGGGGAUUGUGGUCCGUCACAAGGGAAAAUUCCUGUCCAUAUAAAUACGGGCUUAGCUUCUUCAAUGCCCACACCAGGGCCAAACAUUCCUUCUCCACUGCCGCAUAACUCACUUCUCUGGGUAACAACUUUCUGCUGAGAUAUGCGACAGGGUGCUCUCCUCCAUCUUCCCCGACCUGGCUCAGCACAGCCCCCAGUCCAUACAUGGAAGCAUCUGUAUGGACGAGAAAACGUUUGUUAGGGACUGGGGCAGCCAGGACAGGGGCAUUCACAAGAGCAUGUUUGAGUGCUUGGAACGCAGCUUCACAAGCCGGAGACCACAGGACCUGCUUAGGAAGAUUCUUCUUGGUCAAGUCAGUCAGGGGUUUAGCAAUAGAGCUGUAGUCGGGGACGAAGCGCCUAUAGUAUCCUGCUGUCCCUAGGAAGGCUAACACCUGGGUCUUGGUGAUAGGUGUGGGCCAGUUAGCAACUGCCUCUAUCUUGGCUGGCUCUGGCCUCUGGCUCCCACACCCUACUCUGUGACCCAGGUACUGCACUUCAGCCAUGCCUAAAUGGCACUUCUCUGGCUUCAAUGUCAGGCCAGCGGCCCGAAUCUUGUCCAGCACCACCCCUACAUGUACUAGGUGUUCUUCCCAGGACUCACUGUAGAUCGCAAUGUCAUCCAGGUAUGCACAAGCAAAUUCCUGGAAUCCAUCAAGAAGUCUAUCCACCAUACGCUGGAAGGUAGCCGGGGCAUUCUUCAUCCCAAAUGGCAUGACCUUAAAUUGGUACAGGCCAAAUGGGGUGACGAAGGCCGACUUGGGGAUAGCAUCCUCGGCCAGGGGAAUCUGCCAGUAGCCUUUGCACAGGUCUAUGGUGGUCAGAUAGCGUCCCCUGGCAAUGCGAUCUAACAAUUCAUCUACCCGGGGCAUCGGGUAGGCGUCAGUGGUGGUCCGCUCAUUGAGGCGCCUGUAGUCCACACAGAACCGGGUGGUCCCAUCCUUCUUGGGCACCAGGACUACAGGCGAGGCCCAAGGGCUAUCGGAGUGUUCGAUGACCCCCAGCUGGGUCAUCUCCUGUAUCUCCUUCCGCAUUCCUUCCCGGACUGCUUCAGGGAUACGGUAAGGGGGUUGUCGCAGAGGGUUCUGUCCAGGGGUUUCUACCUUGUGUACAGCUAGGGUAGUGUAACCAGGUUCUUGGGAGAAGGUCGCCUGCUUUUCCCACAAAGCUGUCUUGCCUGGCCCUUCUCGGUAGAGCUCAAUCUGUCCCCUAGCUGUACUAGGCUAGUAAGAUCCGUCUGGGGGUCCCUCUCUAACAGGUCUGGCAAGGGUAAACUUUCUGUAUCAUCUGCAGCAGGGGCACAUACUGCAGCGACAUUCUCUGGUCUCUCCUGAUACUCCUUUAGCAUGUUCACAUGGAAGGAUCGCUGGAUCCUUUCAUCUGAACAGCUGGCUAUAAGGUAGGUAGUAUCACAUAUCUGUGCUAACACCUUAUACGGGCCCUGCCAAGAUGCCUGCAUCUUGUUCGCCUUCACAGGUUUGAGCACUAGUACCUUCUGCCCAACCUGGAAAACUCGCUGUCGGGCACCCCGAUCGUACCACCUCUUCUGUCUCCCCUGAGCCACCUGGAGAUUCUCCCUUACCAUUAGGGACAGUUUCUCCAUGCGGUCCCGGAGUUCCAGAACAUAUGGCACUAUGGGGGUCCCUUCCUGCUCUGUCUCCCCCUCCCAGUGGCCUCUAAUGAGAUCUAGGGGUCCGCGGACCCUUCUCCCAUAUAGCAACUCAAAGGGGGAGAACCCAGUAGAUUCCUGGGGCACCUCUCUGUAGGCAAACAACAGAUGAGGCAGGAAUCGCUCCCAGUCUCUGCAAGUGUCAGAAAAGGUCCUCAGCAUCUGUUUGAGGGUGCCAUUAAAUCGCUCGCAGAGACCGUUAGUCUGUGGAUGGUAAGGUGAGCUAAGCAGCGGUUUAAUACCGCACACCUUCCACAGUUGCUGGGUGAACACAGCGGUGAAUUGGGUUCCCUGGUCAGAGAGAAUCUCUUGAGGGAACCCGACUCUGGUAAAAAUCCUAACCAGGGCAUCAGCAACUGUCUCUGCCUCUAUAUUAGACAGCGCUACUGCCUCUGGAUAGCGAGUGGCAUAAUCCACCACGGUGAGAAUAUAUUUCUUACCGGAUGGACUAGCCCUGGCCAGUGGACCCACAAUGUCAACGGCUAUGCGGGCAAAGGGCUCCCCAAUGAUAGGCAUAGACAUAAGCCUAGCUCUUGGGUGGUCUCCCCGCUUUCCUAUCCGUUGACAUGUGUCACACGUACUGCAGUAUGUCCGCACAGCCUGAUUGAAGUUUGGCCAAAAAAAGUUCUGCAUGAUCCUAUAGGCUGUGCGGCGGGAACCUAGAUGUCCAGCUAGCGGAACAUCAUGCCCUAUCCGCAGAAUCUCCUGCCGGUAUUUCGCGGGCACUACCAGCUGUCGAUUCGGCGGAGGGGCAACACUCUUCGGGGAAAGCUUGGGGAUCCUAUAUAACCUGUCCCCCACCCACUCAUACCGUUCUCCAUCUAAUCCUUCCUCUCCAGUAUCCGCUCUGUCCCUAUACUUCUGGAGGGUCGAGUCUGUCUGAGUUUCCCUCCCAAACUCCUCUGGGGAGUCCCAGUUAACAAAGGUCGGUCCUAGGGUACCAGUCGGGGACUCGGUCCUUACCUGGGUCUCAGCAGCAGGUGGGCUGGUUCCAGCAGCACGGGUCUGGGCACGGGUAGUCACUGGGUUGAUAGCGGCAGGUCCCAUUGGAGCAUAGGCGGACACCAAAGGGGCCAAGUCGUUCCCAAGCAAAACAUCAGCCGGUAAGUCUUUCAUGACCCCCACAUUCACGUGUCCAGAGCCCACCCCCCAAUCCAAGUGAACCCGGGCAACCGGUAAGCGGAACACUGCACCUCCCGCCACCCUCACUGCCACAGUAUCUCCAGUGUGCUGGUGUUCGGACACAAGGUUCUUUUGGAGCAAAGUCAUAGUGGCUCCGGUGUCUCUCAGACCAGUUACCGCUUUGCCAUUUAGUUUAACGGUCUGCCUGUGCUGUUGGCGGUUAUCCUGCUGCGCUGCUUGUACUGGAUCCGCCUCGUGUAAUAUACCCCAAAAUUCCUCCUGCUCAAGACAGUGAGCGGAAGGUGGGGGUGGCUGCUGAUUUCCGCCGGCUGGUCUUCUCCACGACUGUGCUUGGUUCGAAUUGUUUAAUGGGCACUCAGGUCGCUUGUGCCCCAACUGCUUACACCCAUAGCAACGGAUCGGCUGUGAAUAAUCUCGGGCGUUGAAUCGGGCUGGCUGAACGUAAUUGUUCGCUGUUGGCAUGGUGGGGGUGCGUUGUGCUGGGUGUUGAUACACUGCAGAGGUUGGAGGGGCUGCUGGUUUGUACUCCACUCGGGUAGGGACCUUGGCUGCUGUCUGGUCCAGUUUCCUGGCAUCAGUGUACUCAUCAGCCAGACGAGCAGCUUCGGGCAAGGUAGCGGGUUUGCGGUCCCUAACCCACUCUCUGACUCCUACAGGUAAGCGGUCAAAACAGUGCUCCAACAAAAAUACUUGCAGCACCUCUUCCCCAGUUACCGCUUGGCACCCUGCCAUCCAGUGGGCUGCGGUGCGGUGUACUCGGCAUGCCCACUCAACAUAAGAAUCACCCGCCUGCUUGUUAGUGUCCCGGAAUCGCCGCCGGUAUGCCUCAGGGGUCACAGCGUAUCUGGCCAAAAGGGCAUCUUUCACUGCCCUGUAGCUGGUAAGUUCCUCCUCUGGGAUGGCCCGAAACGCCUCACUGGCCCGGCCGGAUAACUUCCCAGAGAGGAUGGGGACCCAUUCUCCUGCGGGUACCUGGUGCAAGGCACAUUGCCUUUCAAAGUCCGCCAGGAACCCAUCAAUUUCUCCUUCGGCUUCUACAAAGUUCCGAAAUGCAGCAAAAGGUACUUUUCUCCUUCCAUUAUUAUUAAACGGUACCUCAGCUGCUGCAGCGCCUCUUCCUUGAAGCGCCUGUUGGGCUGCUACUGCCGCUUGCACUUGCACCACAAUAUCUGCUGCGGGGUUGGGGCCAAAAUGUGCCAGCCUGAUCUGAACUGCCCGGUUAAACUGUAUCUCCUCGGGUGUUAACUCCAGUAUGCCAGGCACAUUUGCUCCCCCCGCUCCCUGUGCUGCAUCCAUUUCCAAUAGUAUGGCAAUAAUCUCUCUUUUCUUGAGAUUACUCGCUGAUCGUCCUCUGCGCUCCAAUAUAUCUUUAAGGGUAGCACGCCUUAACUCCUCAUACUGCAUUUCCAACCUGGGAUGUGUAGCUGGCCUUCUGGGCUGUAGGAUUCAUCCCGUCGCUUGCCACCAAUUGUUACGACACGUACCGUCGGGUAGAUGAAGCCGCCGUUUAGGCAAUAAUCCCCUUCUCCAGAAAUGCAGGUUUAAAUCCAGCCGAUCGCCAAACUCCCGAACGAAGUCCGCGAACACGGCAACUCCCGAUCAGCCAAACAGUCGAACGCCUUCCACAGCUAGAAAUAACGAAAGCGCUGUCCCAAUAAUAAUUCCCCCCACAAACGAGACCAAGCUCCGUCUUGAGGGUCAAAUGAAGAUCUGUUUAAUGGGGCUACCUGCCCGGUAUUUAUGCAGGUCUCCACAAGGUGGACACUCCCCGAGGGGACCUUGUGGAAGACUGUAACACAUAUUGUACAGUAGCCAAUCGCAGUGGCUUCAAUAAGUAGCCCUUCCCAUCUUGCCCAUAAUUCCGUCUUCUUUACCUUGGAGAUAAUUGGGGAAGAAACCUAAUUAUCUCCCAAGGUAGAGACCAUCGCCAUCUUAAUUUACAGUAACAAAAAGACAUUAAAAUACAUAACUACAGAAAUACCGAAUGCAUAUGGUUCGUGUAACGUAUCCCCAGACAGCCUGGAUCUGAGGGCAUGUUUUCACCGAAUAGCGCUCAGAUCCGAUGUAUCUAGUCGAAUCGCCAUGGAGUCAAAGUCUUUCACCAGUCCUUCGGUAUACGAAUGACUCCAUGGGAUGGCUGUCGGGGUAAAAGUCCAUACGACUGAAUAAAACUCCAGAACGACCGACGUUCGCAUGCCUUGUCGAAAAGGAAGGUAGGCAGCAGCUUUUCAGCGGUGUUCGGUAGUUUAAGUGUCCGCUUUUAGUUCCAUACAGUUUGUACCGAACACCGCUCGGUGUUCGUAUGUCCCAAAAUGGCCGCUGCCUCGUGGUCGACAUGCGAACGACGACCACCCGUACGAAUGGAAUGGAGAGGUGUCUGCGGUUAACCACAACGUUCUAAUUGGGGCCAAGAUGUUAACCAGCAGCACACUCCUCUCCUGGGUGGCCGUUCGUUCGGUAGUUUCAAUCGGCAUUUUGCAAAUACACGAACGGGGGUAUAGGAAUAGGCAAUUCCGCGAACAAAGGGAAACAGACGAACCAACAAUGCAGAUGAAUCUGUCACAAGGUGAAUGGCUCGUUAUCUCUCCUAUGUUAAAAUGGUAAUACGAUGGGGAUAGAAUAGAGGUGAGCAUUUCAGGUGAGCAUUUCCACUGCAAGUCGGACCGCCAGGGGCCAUGCGGGGUUUAGACCAAAUGCCUAGCGUGUCAUUUUUCGUGAGCAUUGACGUUUUCAUGUCCGCUAAUCAAUGGAUUGUAUAGUGUGACACUAGUAGCUCCGCCCUAACCGUACCAUUUUCCUAUGGACCUUCAUCUGAAGGGGGACCAGGAAUGGUGCGGUUGGGUUCGGUUCGGUUGUAUGGGCCACUUUCAUAAUGGAAACACUGAAAAUAGCAUACCGUGCCGAACCGACUUGAGGCAUAAAUGAACCUCCGCAGUCACCCUGAAAGCUGUUGGAUGUUAAUGCAGGUUUUGCUGGUUUCUAUGGUUACUGCCCACUUUCAGUAUUAUUAUUCCCAUUUUUUCUGUCACAUUUCUGAGUUCUCCAUUUGAUAUCUGUUGGUACACCGUUGUACUAUCUGAUCUCAAUAUUCCUUUAUGCAUGUGAUUGUAAUAUAACAGAGUGUAGGUGUAGCACACUAACACGUAUCUCACCUGUGACCUUCAGAAACCUGUGUCCAUCAUUGUGAAUAGCUCUGUGACAAUCCAGUACAACAAAACGAGGUACUACAGUGACACGAAAGGAACGUUCUACUCCGCUCAGGUACUGGCCAAAAGGCAACAUUCCUCAGAAUUGUAUGUAUUUGUAACGGCUUACUUAAAUUCUAAAACACAUUGCUAAACAUCUAUAACUCAAAAACAAGUGAGUGCUACAGGGAGACUGAGUGAGAGAGAGGGAGAGACUGAGUGAGAGAGAGGAGGAGACUGAGUGAGAGAGAGGGAGAGACUGAGUGAGAGAGAGGGGGAGGCUGAGUGAGAGAGAGGCUGAGUGAGAGAGAGGGAGAGACUGAGUGAGAGAGAGGGAGAGGCUGAGUGAGAGAGAGGGAGAGACUGAGUGAGAGAGAGGAGGAGACUGAGUGAGAGAGAGGAGGAGACUGAGUGAGAGAGAGGGAGAGACUGAGUGAGAGAGAGGGGGAGGCUGAGUGAGAGAGAGGCUGAGUGAGAGAGAGGGAGAGACUGAGUGAGAAAGAGGGAGAGGCUGAGUGAGAGAGAGGGAGAGACUGAGUGAGAGAGAGGGGGAGACUGAGUGAGAGAGAGGGGGAGACUGAGUGAGAGAGAGGGAGAGACUGAGUGAGAGAGAGGGGGAGACUGAGUGAGAGAGAGGGGGAGACUGAGUGAGAGAGAGGAGGAGACUGAGUGAGAGAGAGGGAGAGACUGAGUGAGAAAGAGGGAGAGACUGAGUGAGAGAGAGAGGGAGAGAUGGAGGGACUGAGAGAGAAGGAGAGACUGAGUGAGAGGGAGGGAGAGUCUGAGUGAGAGACUUCUUCAUGGGGACUUGGUGAGUAACACUCUGUGAAGGGUUACUCAUGGAGUGAGACUGUCUGUGCUCAGUUUGUGCUUUGUCUAUUGCCCAGGUCUCUACACGAGUGGAGCUUCUAGUUGUGCCCAAUCACAUGCUGUACAUUAUUGGGAGCAGUGUGGGUGGGGGAGUCCUCCUGCUUUGUAUCUGCGUGAUUCUCUACAAGGUACGUAAUGCAGGGGUCGUUACCUGUGUGUAUGGCAUUAUUUGGAGUCUGUGUGUGAGCAUUCAGGGUGGGAUAUAUAUUCUGGGUAUAUACAGUGUGU